CCUAUAUACAGGCCAAAAGAUCUAAUCUGUACAGAAAUUCCUAAGGCCUUACCGAAACCAGUUGCGGUGUAGACGGGAGUGCAAAAUGGCAGCGACGUUGACAGAUGAGGUGCUCGCGCGCUACUGCCCAGUGCUUUUCUUACAUCAUCUCGACAAAUACAUGCCUUGUAGCGUCGAGUGGUUUAUCCAACGAGCUGGCCUGCACUACUAUAACGAGGGCGUUUCUGGGUGCGGGGAGUUGCACGAGUUUAGCUCGGUGCCAGGCGGCGUAGAGGAGCUGCUCCCGGCGGGUCAGGUGACGCAGGAGAAGCUGCUGGCGGAGCAGGACCGGGUCUUGGUCCCUGAGCACCUCAGCCUGACGCUUGAUUCCAUGCACUUCGGGGGCCAUGACCGGCGGCGGCUCAGCGAGGUGCCCAUCUACGUGCACGCCAAGUUGGUGCUGGACCAAGUGCAUGGCCGGCCUGAGGCCUACGAGAUUAACUACAUCACAUUCUACGCCUUCAACGGCCACUACGCGGUGCCCUUCGGCCUGCCCAUUCUAAUGACGGGGAACCACGUGGGAGACUGGGAGCACCUCACUGUGCGGCUGGACGCGCGCACCCUCGAGCUGCAGGGUGUGUGGUACAACGCGCACCGCAACAUCGAGGGCGAGUGGUGUCCCGCCGCGGCUGUGCCCCGCACCCCCUGCGGACGCAUCAUCGGCCACGUCGCCAUCAAUGGGCACGGCAUCUACCCGCACUGCGGCACCAUUUCGCGCCUGUUCUUCGCCGCGAAUGACCGCACCUCACGAGCAGGCCCAGUCUGGAACCCAACCAAAAUCAGGCGCAUGUGCGGCGUGCCCCACGAGCAGGACGCACCGCACCUGUGCCGCACCGUACGCUCCCGCGGCUGCACCCUGCCGCCGCCCCAGCCCAUGGCGGCCCCUCGGCCGCCGGCCACGCUGCGUGCCACCUCUGCAGCCUAUCACGCGGGUAGCAGCUUGGCAUUGGCUUCAGCGCGUUCGGCGGACCUGCCGCUGCUGCAUCCGUUGUCGUCUCAGCUGCAGGAGGCGCAGCAGCACCGCCAAACAGAGCAGCAGGAUGUCAGCAGCAGCGCAGGGGCUCGCGACGAGCACUGGUCUGGUAUGGGUACGGGGUACGCGUUGCCUCAAGUCGAGCAUGACACAUCUCUGUGGCAGCAAUACAAAGGUUACUGGGGCACAGUGGUUGGACCUAUGCAUCAGGGCUGGUUUUCGAAUCCCGAACCGCCUGUGAGCCGCGGCCUGCUGCGGCGGCUCUUCCUGCCGUGCGCCCCCGGCGUCGACAGCCUGCCGCCGAGGGCGUAGGGGCGUGGCGAUGGGCGAUUGGAGAGUGGCUGCCCGUCAUUCAACAACAGCCCCCUAACCGUCAUGCAAAACAUCCUAGUCCGCAAGCUGCUGGCGACGCCGAGCGCCCAGCAGUGGGUCGCCCAACAGGCGCAUCGCCACCGCCCAGGAGCCUAGCCGGGCGCGCCGUGCGUGCGAUGGCUGCCCUCCCGACCCCAGCCGAGCCGGGUGGUCACAGCAGCUUGCCUGCCAGGCCGCCGCCCCACGUGCCGUCGCCCGAUGCGUCGGGCUGCCGCCUCAUUGUGCUGCGUCCAUCCACACGCCCGCGUGUGUGGCACCGCCAACUUGGGUGGCCGAGGCAGGGGUUGCAGGCGCGCGGUCGCGCUAGUCGCGAAGCUGGCUGGCCGCCAGUGGCUCUCCUAGCGCCUGUACGUCUGCGCGCGGCGGCACUGCUGGGGCGCGGCCGUUUCUGUUCACGCAGCGAUGCGACCUUCAUGCCUUCAUACUUAGCUACACCCCACCGUACGCACUGCGGGUGACUAGUCUAAAUGCGCAUGGGACGGUGGAGUCUGCCGUCAGUUGUGUCCGGUCAACAUGUGGGAUUGGUGGGGUGGAGUCAAGGGGCAUAGCGGCGCCUUGAGCGGCGCAGCAGGCAAGUGCAUCCGACACACGCCCAGGUGCAGUAGUGCGGUGGGAUGCAAGGGCGCCGCCGGUGAAGAGAAGGCUGCUGGUGGGCUGAGCAAUGGAGGUGCUGAAUGGCAGCGGAAGGCGCUGUGAUUGAAGGCGUUUGCUGAUACAUACGCUGUCCCGAUGUGAAAGCAUUCUGAGUAGGUUGGGCCGGCCAAUGGGUAAUGGUAGGAACUAGGAAGAGCUCUCCAUGAUGGAGACGCCUGAGCGACCACGACGAUGCCCCAAUCAAGCGAUCUUAGCAGAAUGCUGACGUAGACUUGAGAGCUGGAAUUUCAGGCGGUCUCCAUAGAUGCAGCGCGGGACCGGGCACGGUGAGUUUGGGCGACGGGCUGCCAGGCGUGGCCAGGCAAGCUCUGGGGGAGUUGGGGAGCGCUGGCCGCUGGGCGUAGAGGCGAGGUAUUACAGAUUCACAGUCAGUUGCAAGUCAGGCUGCCUGGCUGCGGAGCUGUGGAGUGUGGAAUGGGGGAAGCGACCAGGGAAGGGCGGAACGCAUGGUGCGAUCCCAGGUUGUAAGCUUAGAAC